AUGCGAGAGUACCUGGCAUGGCUCAAGGCGGAGGCGGCGGCAGAGGCGACGCCGCCGGUCAACCCGCCGCUGUCGGCUAGUUUGCCGCUGUCGGUCGCGUCGCCGUCGCCGUCGUCGACAUCGCCGCCGCCGCAGGAGGGGAGUUUGCCUGCCGGGCACCAGGGCCGCGCGGUGCAGGGGGGCUGCGCGGGCCUGGUGGUGGCCGUGACGGGAGGCGCGUCGGGGAUCGGCAGGGGGAUCGUGCUCGCUGCGGCGGCCAGAGGGUGCCGCGUGGUCUGCCUCGACACGCGGCAGUCGCCGCUCGAAGGGGGCGUGCCGGCGGCGGAGGAGCACGCUGCUGCAGGCUCGGGCGGCGAGGUCCUGUUCGUGCGCGGCGACGUGACCGAACGUGCGGACGUGGCGGGAGCUGUCGCGAUGGCGGUGCGUCGGUGGGGUCGGCUCGACGUCUUCAUCAACAACGCCGCGCUGGACCUGACCGACCCACCGCACAGCUUGCCGCAGCAGCUGACCUCGACCACGCUGGAGCAGUGGGAGCGCGUGCACCGCGUCAAUACGCUCGGCUACUUCCUCGGCGCGCAGGUUGCCGUCGAGCAGUUCCUGCGGCAAGAGCCGCGCGCACAGACGGGCUUGCGCGGCAAGCUGAUCAACAUCACCUCGCAGCACGGCAUGGUGGCGUGCCCGGGCAACCUCGCAUACGGCACCUCCAAGGCCGCCGCCGUCUACAUGACCAAGCAGAUCGCCGUCGACUACGCCGAGCAGCUGAUCGCGUGCAACGGCGUCGCGCCGGGUAAGAUCGUGAAGGAGGCGGCGCGUCCGGUGUCCCAGUACUCGUACGACAGGACGCCGUGCAAGCGGCUCGGCACGCCCGCCGAUGUUGCGAGCGCGGUGUGCUGGCUGGCGAGCGACGAGGCGGGCUCGUACCAGACCGGGCACAACCUGAUGGUGGACGGAGGCUGGAUGGCCUUCUGA